CAUCACCCUGACGUCAGGAGCUGUCCAAAGGCCUUGGUGCUGAAAUAAAAUGGCUGGCUGCUAGAGAAACCCAAGGAAGGUGGAACAAUUCCAGAAGUAUGCCAUUUCCCAGAAGGCGACGACAACGCGCAGCCUCUCCCAACCCAGGUCCGAGCUGAGAGCCAAAUCUGAAAAAGCCAGCCUCGCCGAAGGGAAGGUGUAAAAAAUUGGCGAGAGAGAGAAAUUAAGAAAGGACCAUGUCUUUGCUUUGUGUUGGAGUCAAGAAAGCCAAAUUUGACGGCCCCCAAGAAAAAUUCAACACGUACGUCACCCUCAAAGUCCAGAAUGUGAAGAGCACGACAAUAGCGGUGCGAGGAAACCUUCCAUGCUGGGAGCAAGACUUCAUGUUCGAAAUCAACCGCCUUGACCUCGGGCUGACGGUGGAAGUGUGGAACAAGGGUCUAAUCUGGGACACGAUGGUGGGGACCGUGUGGAUUCCGCUAAGCACGAUCCGACAAUCCAACGAGGAGGGGCCCGGGGAAUGGCUGACCCUCGACUCCCAUGUCAUCAUGACGGACAAUGAGAUCUCUGGGACCAAGGACCCAACUUUCCACCGCAUCCUUUUGGACACUCGCUUUGAACUCCCGCUUGAUAUACCUGAGGAGGAAGCGCGCUACUGGGUCAAAGAGCUUGAGAGGCUCAAUGCGAUGCGAGAUCAGGAUGAUGAGAAGCCGCUGCCCGUACCCGGAUCUCAGUGCUGCAACUGGAAUUAUUUUGGCUGGGGAGAUCAACAAAAUGAUGACCCAGACAGCACCAUGGAUGACCGGGACAGCGACUACCGCAGCGAGACCAGCAACAGCAUCCCGCCUCCUUUUUACACCACCUCCCAGCCCAACGCUUCGGUCCACCAAUACCCCAUAAGGCACCAGCAGAGAGCGACCAGGGACUCUUACGCUGAUUCCAUGCAGAGCUACGAUAUGGACUACUCUGACCAUCGGCCCAUGAGACGCUACGGUAGCGUAGACUCUGCCGCAAACGGACACAGCGACGCUGAGUCUGCUUCCGGCUCGAGCAGACACACGAGUCGCCAGCCCUCCCUGGAGAGCAGGCGCACCCUAGACCUAUCGGAUAGCCCCACGGGGAGCAGCCGCUACGCCUCGUCGGGGGAGCUGAGCCAGGGCAGCUCUCAGCUGAGCGACGACUUCGACCCCGACGACAUCAGCCUGGACGAGCGGGACGGGGACUCGUACCACUCCUGCCACAGCUCGGUCAGCUACCACAAGGACUCGCCGCGCUGGGACGAGGACGAAGACGACCUCUACUUGGACGAGGACGAGUUUAACGAGGAGUACAGCGAUAACGAGGAGUACUACCCCGAGGACAAGGUGGGGGAACCCGAACCUGAGACCUACCCCGGGGAUGCCUACCCGCAGCAAGAGCAGCAGCAGAAGGGCCAGCUGCCGCUGCCGCAGCCGCCGCAAGGCGCGCCAUCCCAGCAGAAGCCACUACAGGCACCUCAGCAACAGCCACUACAAGCACAGCAGCAGCAACAACAACAGAAGCCACUACAGGCGCAGCAGCAGCAACAGCAGAAGCCACUACAGGCACAGCAGCCACAGCAGCAGCAAAAAGCAGAGCAGCAGCCGCCGGCACAAUCAUUGCAGCCGCCGCAGCCGCCGCAACAGCAGCGGAAGGCACCAGAAGAGACGGCAGAAGAGCUUCUGGCAGGCCAGCAGAAGGAGGCGCCGGCGGAAGAGGCCCCCGCCCCGGAGGAAGCCCCCCAGGAGGAAGAACCCCCCAAGGAAGAGGAGAGGUAA